AUGGCCCACCAAUCUGCGCAGUCCCGCCGGCCGCUGACUCUCACCGAAGAGCUCGAAAAGCUGGAACAGUCUAUCACCCUGACACUCCAAGAAAUCGAUCACAACUUCAGUCAAGCUCACCGAAUUGUGACGACGAGUAUUCUACCUCUGGUGGAGCAGUAUACGGAGCAUUCUCGCGAUGUUUGGGAAGGUGCAAAGUUCUGGAAACAAUUCUUUGAAGCAAGCGCCAAUGUAUCUCUGUCUGGAUAUGAGGAAAGACCCGAUGGCGAUGAGACAGUGCAAGAGACCACUGCAACCGAAGAAGAGCUAUCCGCCGACGUAACCCAAAGCACAGACGUCGACGAGACCGACCAGUCAUACGAAACACCCUCUUCGCGGCGCCAGGGUACCCAUGCUGGCCAUGGUGAUGACAUUGACCUUACCGAGCUCGCGAUCUCCUCGCACAGUACUCCUCGUGGACCAGGCCAAACUGCGGACGAAGACAUGACGAUCUCUUCCAUUGAACGUUCCUCCUCAUACGAGAAUUUGAGAAAGCAGAUCAACGAAGCAAAGGCACCUUUCGAUAUGCCCGACUCAUCAACACUUCCGUCCACCCCAGGGCGCCAACCUUUUUUCCCACCUGAUGCCUCCGUCACCCCAAUGUCGUCACCGUUCAUUCCACCUGCGUCCUCAACAAAAUAUGCAUAUGCAUCUGCAACACGUGGAGAUUCUCAAUACCAGAAGCCAUCCGAUCCCGUGCUUCAUCGCGUCCUUGACAAAACUUACCGGGUCCAGGCAACUCCACUUGGCAAAGGAUACCGCAAUAUCGGCCAUGGCACCAGCACGCAUUCCAAGUUCGCAGUAACACCAAAGGCUGCUGCUUCUACUUCUCGUUAUGCCUUAGAUGAUUCCCCAAUCUCCAGUCCCGAGCCUGAAGCGCCGCGGCUGCACUCGGAGAUUUUCUCAUCUCCCAUCAAGGGUGUCCCCGACACUCCAGGGACGAAUCGCAAACGACGCACCAGCAGCAACCGCGCUCGUGUCACACCAAAGCCAGGAACUAGUGUAUUGACACCUGCUAAGAAGUAUGGAGGCCAUCAACCCGUGUGGGAUAGUGAUGAUGAUUUCGACGACGAGGACUUUGGCCCCAGCCCUCCGAAGACCAUGCAGUUCCAUAUUCCGCAAAGCCGGCUAAUGAAGACACCUGCCAAGGAAGCUUCCAAGCGCAUUGUCACCGAUCUGCUGGAAACUGCAGGAGCGGGCGAUCUCACCGAUGAUAUUGACAAUGACCAAAGCCCAAGUGUUAUCAGGCGGACAGAGCGACUUGAAGAUGAUACAUUCUAG